UGUCGAGUUCUUCUGGCUGAUGUUGUAUCUGUGGCGGACGAGAGGGAUCCGAUGGAGAUGGCGUCUGUGCCAAACGGGUCGAAGUAUGAGGUGGUGGUGAGCGAGAGCGCACUGGGCGAGAUGGAAGCGAAAAAGAGCUCUCUGAAGGACGAGGCGACUCAGUUUUGCAUGAUGAACGUCGAGGCUGCGAUCGGGAGUGCUCGGAUGUGGACAGUGGUAAAUGUCAGCGUCCCAGUGCUGGCGACGUCUAUCCCAAACGUAGUGAUCGGCUAUCAUCAGCAGGUGCAGAUGCCUCCCUAA